GGCAACAAAACGCUUAAUAUAAUUGAGAGUAUUCAUAUGGGAACUAACAUUUGUGCUCACUGUUGUUACAUCUAAAGAUGCCCCCCGAUGAGGCGGUGAUGUUUUUGGCAGCCCAGUGACGGAACUCCGACACUACUGAUUGAUUGAAUGCGUGCACUGAGUGUCGGUAGUGGUACUAUAACGCGAUUAAUAGAGGGAUAAAUGGCGAGGACGGGACCUGUAUUUUGAACCCCAUUGACUCGACACGAAGUUGCAUUAGCCGAAGCGAUCUGCUGCCACAAGCUAGCACCAAAGACUACUAGCAUCUCGUUAAGCUCGCCACUAGGUAAGAUUAGCCGGGUAGCUAAUGUUAGCUGACAAGUCUAUUUUUAGUGGACCUUUGUGCCAUUGGUAGGAACAUCGAUAGGCGAUUUGUUUUGACAACUUAAUCCAAGAGGAUUUUGUGUAUCCUAUGAUCUCGCAGCGCUAGUUGUCUGUACCAAAAUGUCCACCACUUCGUUGGAUAAAGAAUUACAGGAGCGACUGAGAGAGGCGUCUGCCAUCGGGGACAUCGACGAAGUGCGGACAUUAGUGGAGAGUGGAGUAAACGUCAAUUCACAGAAUGAAAUAAAUGGCUGGACAUGCCUGCACUGGGCCUGCAAGAGGAACCAUAAGCACAUAGUGUCCUACUUACUCACUUAUGGAGCAGACAAAGAAAUCCUCACGGCUAAGGAUGAGUUGGCCUCACAACUUACAUCCAAACCAGAGAUCAAACGGCUUUUAGGAGUUGAAGUGGAGGAAGUGCCUGAAGUCAAGGAGCCUGAGUUACCAAUCAUCCCCAACUACCUGUCUAACCCGGCCUUCAUGUAUUCCAAGAUGGAUAACAGAUCAGAGAUCAUCCUGGCACAGCACCUUACACAGAAUGGUUCUGGAGAGCACAGUGAGGAUAUGCACAGCGAUUCACCUUCGCUUUCACCGACUCAUGAGCCUCAGAAAUCACAGAACCUGCUCUCUGACGGCCCCCCUCCUCCCCCAAACCCUACCUCUGACAGCCAAGCCCAGGCUGGAGAAUUCAUUCCUGUAACUGAGCAAAAUGGUGCGUCACCCAGCCCGACCCCAUCCCACAAUCAUGUCGUCGUUAACUGCACAGUGCCCAUGGACCUGUCAGUUGAGCCUCACCUUGUCAACCAUGGCGACUACUCGCAUGCAGUGGCACAUAAUGGCACCAUGUGCUCGCCUCCCUUGGCCUCACCCAGCCCCAGCCUGGCCAGCAGCAGUGGGAGCCAGGUCCAGGCCCCGGUGGCCAGCGCUAACCCAACCAUGAGCAGGCAGCAGUCUAUUCCACAGCAGCUGAGCUAUGGCCAAGCUGGUGGGCCCAUGCCAGCCUUCCAGCCUUUCUUCUUCACCAGCACCUUCCCAGUCAACGUGCAAGAGUUGGUGCUGAAGGUGCGUAUCCAGAACCCCAACGCUCGGGAGAAUGACUUCAUUGAAGUCGAGCUAGACCGCCAGGAGCUUACCUACCGUUCCCUUCUGAGGGUCUGUUGCCGCGAGUUGGAUAUCAGCGCUGAGCACGUGGAGAAGAUCCGCAAGCUGCCGAACACCAUGUUGAGAAAGGACAAGGACGUAGCUCGGCUGCAGGACUUUCAGGAGCUUGAGGUUGUAUUAGAGAAAGCAGAGGGCUUGUCCCUGUUCUCUGGGACUGGGGCCCUAACAGACAGACCCUGCUACAACAUGAAGGCCUCCCGCCUCACCUACUAGAGCUACGACGGAACCAGAGGUCUCCAAGAAUUUGAUGGGCUUCAGUAGCUACCCUCAAGCAACCAUAACUAGUUGCCCGCCCAGGUCCCCAAUUACAGCUUUGUCCGGCUUUGGUGUUUCGCCAAUUUCCUAACUGGGAUUUGGUUUUUUUCAAGUUGUGUAGCUAUUGUCCUCCUCCUGUCCUGCUCGGGCCCUCCUGCCGCUUUAGUGUACCCAACCAGUUGUAAGCGAUUACCGAUGCAUGGUGGCCUCGAUUAUGUGUGAAAGUAUUUGGGCCCCUUUCUCCUCUCUUUAUCUCUUUCUCUCCUCCCACUGCACUUUGUACCAAGGCUGCAAUUGGACAAAAGAGGGAGACAUUGGCUUGUCUCCCUUAUGGACUGGACUUCAUGGGAUCCUGUGAUAGCCUUAUCUGGACACAUCCCUAUCCUGGCUAGGGACUAUGGCCACAAAGGAAAAGACCUAGUCUGAUAAGACAAAGAGCGGAGGACAAAAGGAAGGAUUCACAUAACUCUUACCGAUAAGUUUGUCAUCAGUCCACGGAAUAAGUUGGAUUUGCACACAACAACUUGAAUUUCUAGGAAAUUGACCUGUAGAGUGCUAUCAGAUGUUCUAGCUGGCAUACCCACUUCCAUACAUGCUGUAGGCAGAAACCUUAGUGUCUUUCCUGCAGAGGGCAACCAUUACUGUCCUAAUUCUUGAGGGGGUGGUAAUCUUAGGUGAGACAAAAGCAUCUUUGAACUAAUAGUGCUCCUAUUUGAUGACUACACAUACAUAAUGCUUUAAUCUAUAUCCACACAAGGAUGGACUGGUUUCCCUUCAUAUUCAAAUCAUUCAGUCAUACACUGUGGAAAAAGAAGUCACUAGUUUUAUUUGAAUUGUUCUCUUUUGUGUCUUUUCAUGUCAGACAAAAAAAGUAUAUCUUAGAGAUAAAUGUGCAGCAACUCAUUUUUAUUUUUUACAAUGCAUUAGCACUUCUGCUUUGCAGGGCAAACAAUUAGGUUCAGUUAGCAUAACACUAAAACGGUCAACUGUGAAGUAUUUAUUUUAAAAGUUUUGGGUUGUAUUGAUUCUUACUAAUGACGAGAGAUCAUGCGCUUAAGAGUAGCGAGACUUGAGUCCAUGCCAAGGUUGUGUAUAAGGCUGGCCAUUUGAUUUCUACUUUCUUUUAAUUAAAUUUUUUAAAAGAUUUUUUUUGGACAUUUUAGGCCUUUAUUUUCUAUAAGAUAGAUGAAGACAUGAAAGGGGAGAGAGAAGGGGGAAUUGCACGCGAUAAAGGGCUGCAGUUUGGAGUCGAAUCAGCGGCCGCUGCGUUGAGGCGUAAACCUCUCUGUAUGUGCGCCUGCUCUACCAGCUGAGCUAACCCGGCCCCUGAUUUCUACUUUCAUUUCAGCUGCUGUCCUUUUGUUUAACUGUGAUUAGAAUAAAAACCAAAAACUAAUCUAGCCAGCAAAUAUAAUAAAUGCAGAACAAACUAUCACUGCUUCCAAAAAGAAUGCAGGUUUUGUUAAGUGAAAAAAAUAGAAAUGGGAUAUAGCAAAGGGCAUGGUGAUCUGGGGUGUUAUGAAUGAGUGCUUCCUUGUUCCUCCAGCACUACUCAGAAUUCUUAUUGCUGACACAGUUCUCUUUGUUGCCCAGUGUCAUCUCAGUUUCAACCGGGGCUAUCUACUAUAUGUGGUGACUAGAUUUCUUUGAAAUAUUAUUAUAUAUGGCUUCAGUUUGGUUGUUAAAGCCAGUCUAGUGCUAAUUUUACAUUUUUAAUUAAAGAAAAUGUUGAUGUUAAUGGUUUCUAUUCCGUCGCUCAGCGACUGUCUGACUUAUAUAUUGAGACUGACAUGACGCCUACACGUAAGACAUUCUUAUACUGUGCAUUAAGAAUUUAACAGGUCAAACGGCACCGCCAUGUUGUGUCGGACGGUAACAUUUAAGCUGCCUUUAUCGACUCUUUAUAUUCCUUUUAAUUCUCUAUGCUGAGGCUCCAUUUUAUUUGAAGCAGUGCAGUAGGCGGCAGCUACACUCGUCCUACAAUCAAAACGUUUCUUACCCGGUGGUAACUGUUUACUGUUGAAAUGUAUACCUAAAGCUCUUACUGUAUUUGUAUGUUUUAUGAUAUAUUUUUUAUUAAUUUGUAUAAUUGUUUUUAACCAGUUAGGCCUGUUGUGUUUGUUUCAACAAAAAAGUCUUCUAUUGUGCAAGAAAGAGUUUAACAACGGGAUGCUGUUGUUGAAGCCAAGUGCAUUGUGGGAGGAAAAGAUUGUUACCAGGAAGUUUGCUGUGAGAAGAAAGGACUACCAAGAGUGCUUAUUUUCUGUUUCCUUUUAUGUUAAGUGCUUGAUUAAGUGAAGUUGUGCCACACGUUUAAGGCAGGAGCUUGGUUGAGAAAGUGGGACAAACAACGAAGGUAUGGACAAACGGCCGUUUGGUGCUCUGACAGAGUGACAGCAGCGUUUGAUAAAUAGGUUUUUAUAGGAUCUUCUUUGAUUCUGUGGAAAGGAGUUCACUGACAUUGUAAUUGUUGGGGUUGCUUAUUGUUCUAGAAAAAGCAGAAUACAGUUUGACUUAACCUAUGCAUUCAGAGUCUGAUAUUUUUAUAUACAGCACGUCCUGUGUACUUGUAAUACUGAUAUAGGCGCUGUUAAGAAGUUGUGUUCUUUUGUUCUGGAGACCUGUAUCUGUUCUUUGAUAAAAGCAUGGUGAAUUACCUCCUCCUUAUUCUCUCAAAUUAACCUUGUGUCUAC